AUGUCAUCCCAACAACUAGUUGAAACACACAAGGAAAACGCCCAGAUAUACACCGACCCAUCUCUCUGCAAGGUAAAAUCAAAGGAACUUCUAGAGAAAAUCAAUCUUCCGAGGGGACUACUCCCCUUAGACGACGUCGUUGAGGUUGGCUACAAUGAAUCAACCGGGUUUGUUUGGCUGAAGCAGAAGAAACAGAAGCAGCACAGAUUCAGUGCGAUAAGCCGCAACGUAAGUUACGACACGAACAUCACGGCUUUUAUUGAGGACCGUCGGAUGAAACGGUUGACAAGCUUCAAGAGUAAGGAGCUUUUCAUCUGGGUAACAAUUUCUGAGAUUUCUAUUCAGGACCCCAGUUCGCAAAAAAUUACUUUUGCUACCCCAACUGGGAUUUCCAGAAGCUUUCCGGUUUCUGCAUUUGAGGAGGAAGAAGAGGACAAGAAUUAA